UCUUCUAGCCGAAAGUAAAUCAGCGUCAGUAACAAAGCAAUAAUGACGCACUGGUCGGUCCUCUUCCUUUGGAUUCAAUUGUUUCUGCUGGUGUUUGCCGAGCACAAGGAUUCGGAAAGUCUUUGCGCGUCUCAGCAGAGCUGCAAGAGUUGUUUGCAAACUCCACAAUGCGUUUGGUGCUCUACCAGGGUAUCUAACCAAACUAUCAACACCCCUCUGGUUCGAUGUGUCACCAGAGAAAAGUUUCAAAAGGAAAGCAGUCUUUGGUGUCGAUUGUCGGACGUGAUUAGUGAUGACCCAACCUGGUUGUUACUGGUCGAGAAUCGUCCACUAUCUUCGACGAAGGGCACGGUGCCCGUUCAAGUACAGCCUCAGAGAAUUAAACUACGUCUCAGACGAGGAACGUAUCUGCGCAUAAAAUUGCUUUACAGUCAAGCGGAAGAUUAUCCGGUCGAUUUGUAUUACCUUAUGGAUCUAUCGUCGUCUAUGCAGCCUCAUAAGGAUCGAUUGUCGGAACUGGGGCAUGCGAUAGCAGAGGCGAUGCGAAAACUCACUUCCAAUUUUCGUCUAGGAUUCGGUAGUUUUGUCGAUAAAGUUGUGCUACCUAUGACCAGUACGCAGGAGGACAUGUUAAAGUCGCCGUGCACUUUGACAAAGACCGGGAAGCCGUGCGCGCCUCCUUACGGUUAUAAGAAUCAAAUGCCACUUACCGAAGAUAUAUCUCUUUUCAAAACCCGCGUGGAAGAGGCACCUAUAUCUGGUAACUUGGACUUCCCGGAAGGUGGUUUCGACGCAUUGAUGCAGGCGAUCGUUUGCACCAAGGAAAUUCGCUGGCGACCAAAUGCCCGACAUCUUAUCGUAUUUUCGACGGACACCGUGUCCCAUAUCGCAGGCGACGGUAAAGUUGCUGGAAUCAUCGAACCGAACGAUUGCCUGUGUCAUCUGGACGCGAAAGGAUUUUACACGUAUUCGCUUCUACAAGAUUACCCGUCUGUAUCUCAGAUUAACAAGGUUGCCCGCGAGCACAAUGUCAACAUUAUUUUCGCGGUUACCGCUUACUAUCAGGAAUUGUAUCGUUUGUUGAGCAAAUGUAUCAGUGGUUCUUCGAUCGGAACGAUCGACGACGAUUCCAAAAACAUAGUGGCUCUCAUCAGCGGUGAAUACGAGAAAUUGACGCAGUCCGUGACGAUGACGGAUAACGCGCCAGAAAUGAUCGACGUCAAGUAUUUCUCCCGGUGUGUGGAGAAAAACGGCACGUUACAGGAGCGACAAGAGUGCGGGGGACUUCGGGUGGGGAAUGUCGUAGAAUUUGAAGUGGCGUUAAAGGCGGUCGAAUGUCCGGCAAAUCCUGACGAGUGGCAACAGACCAUGCAGAUAAAACCAAGAGGCAUAAACGAGGGCCUGACGAUCGACUUCAAUAUCGUAUGCGACUGUCCUUGUGACCGACCAGGACAUCCGGGAUACAAGGAAAAUUCGGAAGAUUGCAGAGGAAACGGUGAUAUGGUUUGCGGCGUGUGUUCCUGUAAUGCUGGCUUUUACGGGAAACACUGUGAGUGCGAGGGACACGACGUCGGCGCCGACAGUGAAGCUGCUUUGGCGGAAUGUAAGCCGAACAACGAAACCGCUGAGAUCUGUAGCGGUCGCGGUGUCUGCAAGUGCAGCAUGUGCGAUUGCGCGAAACGUCCGAAUCCGCAGGAAAUCUUCUACGGGAAAUACUGCGAAUGCGAUAAUUUCUCCUGUAAACGCAGCGGAGGGUCGGUUUGCGGCGGCAGAGGCAAGUGCGAAUGCGGUACUUGCAAUUGCUUGCCGGGAUGGAACGGCGAGACGUGCGACUGCAAAGAGACGAACAGCACAUGCAUGCCGAACAGCAACGCCGAGAUCGCGGAGAUUUGCAGCGGACGCGGCGACUGCAUCUGCGGUAACUGCCAUUGCCACGAAAAGGACAAUAUCCGAUACUCGGGACUGUAUUGCGAGGAGUGCCCGACGUGUCCAGGGCAAUGGUGUGAGCAACUGAAGGAUUGCGUCGAAUGCGAGGCGUACAAUAGUGGGCCUUACGCUGCGAACGGAACAUGUGAGCUGUGUCCUCAUCAAAUAGAUAUCGUCGACGCUGUCGUAGAAGAUUCUGUUAAAGAUGUGGAGACAGGAGCUCGGAUUUGCCGUACGCCCGGUGACGCAGGCUGUACAUUUGUCUUCAAAUAUGAAUAUUAUAGGGGUGGUACCGGCGGAGAUAUUAAAAUUUUCAAAAUCCUUGCCCAAAGGGAAAGAACGUGUCCAACGCCUAUCAAUGUUUUCGGUGUCGCAAUCGGGUUAGUGGCCAGUACCGUGUUUCUUGGUUUCCUAAUUCUUCUUAUUUGGAAGGUAUUGACGGUUAUCUAUGAUAGACGAGAAUACGCAAAAUUCGAACGAGAGCGAGCUUUAGCUAAAUGGGACCGGGGGGAUAAUCCAUUGUACAAGCAGGCUACGUCAACCUUCACGAAUCCAAUGUACAACGAUAGUCCUGGGAGUUAAGUCAAAUUAGAAGAGGAAUAAAUUCUCAGGAAAAGAAUUUCGUUCUCCAUAUACGUACAUAUGUAUAUUUUCGAAAAACAGAAUUGUAUGGGACGGAGCGAGCUGUGACAGGUAGCGCCACGGUAGGCGCACGAAGCGAAUUAACCAGGACGCCAUAUUACUUGUGAUAAUUACUGCCGAUGAGACGAGUCCAGUCGACGAGAUCGUUUUGCCUCUCCUUUGACCAAUUCCUUGUCACGUAAGAUCAUCUUUUUUUCAUUUCACUUGAAGUUUUAACAAAAAGUGUCAACAAAUUCCCCCGUAUCCCAUCAUAUUCGAAAAUAUAUGUAACUUGCACGUCAACAUCUUUAGGUUACGAGUGUUGAAAGAUUCUGUGAAAUUGUUUUACCACACCGAA